AUGGCAUCUACUAUCACAGGUGGGCUGGUAGACAACAUUGGAACAAUCGUACCAUCUCUGCACUUAGGGAACAAGGCUACACAACACAAGUUUGUUGUUGCACGCAACAUCACUCAUUCAGUUGUCCUUGGAUGGGACUUUAUUGACAGCCAGAAUGCCUGCAUAUCGCCAACAUCGUUCAACAUGCCUGGAAAUGUUAUUCCCUUCAUCGAUCGUCAGCAAUACCAAGCCCCGCUGAAAUGUAAAGUUUCUCUUGUUGGACAAGCUCGGAUUCCCCCAAGCUGUGAAACUCACGUCCAGGGAAGAUUGUCGUCGCCACAGUUCGACAUCAUACCAAGAGACUAUGAUGGCUACUUUGAACCAACGUUGCAAGAUCACAUUCCUGUUAUCGGUGCCAGAUCUCUGUUCAAGCCUCAAGAUGGUCUUAUUCUAGUACGCCUCAUUAAUCCCUCUGACGAAGCAGUCGAUCUACCUGCAGACACCUGCCUUGGUCAAUUCUUCUCCAUUACUGGGGAUAUUGAAGAGGAAUACAAGAUCAUGAGCGUAACUACUGACGCUGAUCCACAAGUGACGGACAAGUCACCAGUUGCUGGUGUUCUCCCUUCUUCAGAACUCACGAGGACAGAGUACGAGAAAGCUGAACAUCUUCUUCAGACCUACAGUGAUAUUUUCAGCACGACGUCUCAGGAUAUUGGUCAGACUGACAUUAUUCAUCACCACAUUGACACUACCACAGCUACUCCAAUACGACAGAGGGCGUAUCGAACUUCACCAGCAAUGAGAGUGGAAAUUCGGGAAUGA